AUGCUUGGCAGGUUCGAGCACUUGAAAAAGUUAGAACAUGAUAAAUUAAUUAAAUAUUUCAACUUAACACGAUGUGUAUUAGAGAAAAAUUUGGCAAUAAUUAUCUGCGAGCAUUACGAAAAAACAUUGGAACACUUACUUACUGAAUCGCAUUUAUCUUUCUCAAUGGUGAUAUCCGUUGCAAGUCAGAUUCUUCAAGGAAUCAAAUUUCUUCAUUCGCAAAACCUCAAUCACGCCAAUCUGUCCCUCGAAAAUAUUUACGUUGUAGGAAGCGAUGCUAAUCAAAAUCCAACAAUUCGGCUUUCGAACUAUUCACUGGAUUAUAUAACCAAAAAUGGAACGGACACUGAAUUCAUUUCAACAUUAUCUCAGUUUUCAAUGUGCCCAGAGCGAUUGAUGCGAGACCGACAUGUGCAAGGAAAUACUUCUCACGAUAAAAAAUCGUUUCUUGAAGAAUUGAUUCGUCAAACUAACAUUGUACUUGAAGACUUUGUACGUUUUGGAAAUGAAGAUGUGCGCCAAUGCUCCAUUAGCUAUGGAAUGUUUGUGCUUCCUGAUAGCAGAUUAGUCAAAAAAAUUUCUGCAAUGAGCGCAAGAGAUGUACUAAAACCAUUGUCAUUGAUAGGUAAAGCAAUUGAGUCUCACAAUUAUGAAGAACAGGAAGCGGGUGGAAAAUUUUCCGUAGUUGUCAAAGAAAAGGACGUCACGUACCAGACAACGCGUAUGAACCAAUUGCGGCAUAUAAUUCAUUCGAUAGAAUUUGAUUCAAUGGUGGAAAUUCUCAGAGAACAAGCUCAAAUUGAUAUUCCACCAGUUCUCCGGGCAGAAAUUUGGCGCUCAUUACUAGACGUGACAGAAUCGGAAGAAUCAGUAUACUUUGAGUUGAACGUGCUCGCUACACAUCCCAGUGAUCGCCAACUUGACGUUGAUAUUCCGCGAUGCCAUCAGUACGAAGAGCUCAUGACAUCUCCUGCUGCUCACGCUGGAAUCCGAAAAGUCUUGAAGGCUUGGUUGCUGUCGAAUCCAAGAUAUGUUUAUUGGCAAGGCUGUGACAGUAUAUCUGCUCCAUUCUUACUAUUAAAUUUUAAUCAUCCAGCAACAGCUCAUGCCUGUCUAAACAAAUUCAUCAAUCGGUACCUGUACAAUUUUUUUCUUCAAGACAAUGCUGCCAUUAUUCAAGAAUAUCUUACAGUGUUCAAUCAUUUGUUGGCUUACAUUGAUCCCGUUCUAUACACCCACUUGGUUGAUCUUGGUUUUGUUCCUGAACUCUACGCGAUUCCUUGGUUUUUGACAUGUUUUGCUCAUGUGCUGCCAAUGCACAAACUCUACCAUAUUUGGGAUAAAAUUCUGCUCCAUGAUUCUUCUUUUCCAUUGAUGGUCGGGCUUGCGGUUAUGAAAGAGUUGCGGCCGAGAUUGAUUGCUUCGUCGUUCAACGACGCGAUUUUGCUCUUCUCGGAUCUUCCAGAUCUCUCUGUAGACGUUCUAAUCGAAAAUUCAAUUAUAUAUCAUUCGAAAAUACCACCAAGUUGUACGUUUCGCGCUCAUGCUAGUCCUGAUCACCACAACUCCAGAACACGAAACAUUCCGGCAUUUCUUCAUGACAACAAGCUUACCCCUUUGACGAUUCAGGAAUUAAAAAAGUUUGAUUGCCCAAGAAUGUCAAUUGAAGAAUUUAAAUGGAGAGUUCAUAAUGAGAAAAUUCUUGUCAUCGAUAUACGACCUUUCACAGACUAUUCGCGAGAGCAUGUCAUUCAAUCUGUAAAUUGUCCAAAUGUCGAUGAAAGUUCGUUGAGUCAAAUUGAGGAAAUUUACAUGAAGGACCAAUCUUACCAACGGCCAGUUUGUAUAAUGUGGUACAAUAAUUUUCAAGCAGCAGUGGAGUUUGCUUCAAAACUGGUGACGCGGGGAAACGCUGGUGUGUGCAUUGUCGACGUAGGAUUUACUGGAGUGCGCGACGAACGCAACCUUAUCAGUGUGUCUUCUUAA